GCUUCCAUCCGAAGCAACAGUAGGAUUUGUCAAGUCAACCGGUUGCAUGCAUGCGGUAGCCAACACUACAGUGGCCGCUUAUAUAAGGCGAGCUAGCCCCGAUGCGAUGCACGGCCACGGCAAAGGCAGAACACAAGCAAGAGAAUAAGCGCCAAAAACAAGAGAAGCGUCUCGUUCGUUCUCGUGUCGUGCAUGGAUCCCCACGACGCCUUCCUCGCCGCGCACCCGUUCCGGUGGGACCUCGGCCCGCCGGCUCCGGCGGCCGUGCCCGCUCCUCCUCCACUGCCCAUGCCUCAAACUCCCGCGCUGCCUCCGGCGAACUCGCCGAGGGAGCUGGAGGAUCUCGUGGCCGGGUACGGCGUGCGCGGGUCCACGGUUGCGCGGAUCUCCGAGCUCGGGUUCACUGCUAGCACGCUCCUGGUCAUGACGGACCGCGAGCUGGACGACAUGACGGCCGCGCUCGCCGGCCUGUUCCGCUGGGACCUGCUCAUCGGCGAGCGGUUCGGCCUGCGCGCCGCGCUGCGGGCAGAGCGCGGCCGCCUGAUGGCACUGCAUGGGGGCCGACACCACGGUCACCAGUCCGGCAGCACCAUCGACGGCGCCUCCCAAGAAGUGUUGUCCAACGAACGGGAUGGGGCGGCGAGUGGCGAGGACGACGCUGGCAGGAUGAUGUUAUCGGGCAAGAAGCUGAAGAAUGGAUCGGUGGCGAGGAAGGCCAAGAAAGCAAGGAGGAAGAAGGUGGACGGGCUCCGGCUGGACCACAUGCAGGAGGACGAGCGCGAGGACGGCGGCGGCCGCUCGGAGUCAACGGAGUCGUCGGCUGGCGGAGGCGGCGGCGUCGGAGGGGAGCGGCAGCGGGAGCACCCGUUCGUGGUGACGGAGCCCGGGGAGGUGGCGAGGGCCAAGAAGAACGGGCUGGACUACCUGUUCCAUCUCUACGAGCAGUGCCGCCUCUUCCUGCUCCAGGUGCAGUCCAUGGCCAAGCUGCAUGGCCACAAGUCUCCAACCAAGGUGACGAACCAGGUGUUCAGGUACGCGAGCAAGGUGGGGGCGAGCUACAUCAACAAGCCCAAGAUGCGCCACUACGUGCACUGCUACGCGCUGCACUGCCUCGACCAGGAGGCCUCCGACGCGCUGCGCCGGGCGUACAAGGCGCGCGGCGAGAACGUCGGCGCCUGGAGGCAGGCAUGCUACGCGCCGCUCGUCGACAUCGCCGCCGGCCACGGCUUCGACGUCGACGCCGUCUUCGCCGCGCACCCGCGACUCGCCAUCUGGUACGUGCCCACCAGACUCCGCCAGCUCUGCCACCAGGCAAGGAGUGCGCACGACGCCGCCGCCGCCAACGCCAACGGGGCCAUGCCGCCGCCGCGGCCCAUGUUCUAGCCUGUUGCCCGGAGCGAGAGCUGGUGCUCGUGGUUUCUGUCUGUGGGUUUCGUGUGCACUCUCACUCGGCCGUGUUUCCUUCUCCUGCGUGGGCUAGAAUCCGUGUUUGUUGCUUAGGCCGAUCCAGCAGGCUUUGUCUCUGAGCAGCCCAUGCGACUAUGCGAGGGACCUGCUUGUAAUAUGGAUGGAUGUUUAAUUCUAGGACAUGAAAUGUGAUGAAUGUUAAUCUUUGAAAAAUCCCAGUUGUCAACUUGUUAUUAUGGCUGCAAAAAAAAAAUCAAGACUUGUGAGCGGGUCGAGAUUGACUUUGUUUCUUUUAU